AUGUCGUCCAACGAGACUACCACCAUCGUCAGGCCGUUGAGCCCAUCGGCGACGGAGACGUCAAUUCCAGAACAUGAUCCGGAAGCAACACUCCUUGAGAUGGGGGACAUGGUGCAAGACAUGGCGCCAGAAGAGGAUUCUCAAGCAAUACUCCUAGAGAUGGAGGACACGGCGCGGGACAUUGUACCGGAACAGGAUUUUGGAGUAUUGCUCCUUCAGAUGGAGGACAUGGUGCAAGACAUGAGUAACACGCUAUUGGAAGCGGCGACGAUGCAGGAGACAAAGUCUCUUCUCGAUGCGGUGAUUGGUCUUCAAAAGACCGGUGCAGACACUGUAAAGGACAUCUCGCGGGGGCGUUAA